AUGGCCGACGAGGCCUCCGUCGGCGCCACCUUGGGCUUGAUAUGGGCCUUUGUAGCGGUUAGUAGCCUGUUCAUGGCUGCGAGGUUGUAUACUCGACUCAAGAUUGUGAAUACGAGUGGAUUGGAUGAUUAUUUGAUGGCUUUUUCAUUGGUAUGCUGCUACCUCUUUGCCAUCCUCGUCACAAUCUCAAUACACUGGGGCAUGGGCCGACACGACAACACCCUAACUACCGAACAAGAACGCAACGCACUCAUGUACAGCACCGCAUCGUUUACACCGGGUAUAUUAUCCUUUACAGUCCCGAAACUGGGUGUUACGGCCCUGUUGAUUAGAAUCCUGAAUCCGACACCUCGUUUUACAUUCUUUCUAUGGGUGUUUGUUGGGACUAUAGAUUUGAUUAUAUUCGGAUGCGUUAUUAUUCUAUUUGCGCAAUGUUCGCCGACGAGAGCAGUUUGGACGCCAGAGAUACAUGAUUUGCCGGGUGUGAGGUGCUGGCAUCCGGAUGUGUUGGCUAAUUAUUCCAUCGGGGCUGGAGCGUUAUCGGCUUUCCUGGAUCUGUUCCUGGCUCUAUAUCCGGCAACGGUUUUGUAUAGACUACAAAUGAAUCGGAAGAAGAAGAUUGGAUUGAUGGUUAUAUUGGGCAUGGGUAUUUUUGCAUGCGCAGUAUCAGUCUACAAGGCAACUCGUUUAACCGGUCUGGAAGUUUUGACCGAUUAUACAUAUCCCUCGGCGUCUUCCUAUGGACAAGCAGCCUGCAUCCCCACAAUCACCCCCUUACUCGAAUCCAUAUUCGGCAACAACGUCUUCCGCGGCCGCUCAGCCGAACAAUCCUCCUACGACCGCAAAAAGGCCGCUCGAAACCGACAUCAACAAAAUAAUAACAAUAACGGCCGAUCACAAUCCGUGCCCUCAGCAGGCGCAGGAACGCAACGAGGUCGACAAGGCUCAUCCUCGCAUCAGAAUUGGAUGUCCUCUACGCUCAUCAGUAGUCAGAGCAGAGACUCAAUGCACAACAACAUUGUGGCAAAGCAGUUAUCGCCUACUUCACCGAGCAGUCAAUCAUGCCAUAUCAAGAGUGUUACAGUAACCUCAAAAACGGACGUUGAGUCUCAAGCUAGUAUCCUCGACUACGACGAUGAUCGCCAUAUAGACGACGAUGAUUUGGAAGGGGAAGAGCAAAUACCAAUGUCACACAUCUCACGCCACGAUUCAUUCACGAUCCAGUACGAGACGACGGACCCAUCGAUUAGAAAUGAGCAUAAUGUAAUUGAAGGUGGGACAAUAGGGAGGAAUGGACGGCCGUUGUCGAUUUGGAGGAGGAGUUUUUCAAAGUAUGGGUAUCCGGGUUUGAGUGGGUAUAAUCAUAAUAAUCAUCAUAAUCAUAGGCCUGGGUCUUGA